UUUUAUCAAAAAUCAACAGAUUAUUGGAAGGAAAAGGUUACGAAUGAUAUGAAUGGAAUGUUGGGAGGUUUUACUCAUGUUCACGAUAGGGAUAUUAAAGAGAGUUCGCUUUUAUUGAGUAAAGUUUUGGAGGAUGUUACACCAGGUAGAGAAGGAGAAAAGUCUUUCAUGUAUUGUUUAGAAUGCGGAAGUGGAAAUGGACGUGUUACUAAAAAUUUACUGUCUAAACAUUUCGAUUAUAUUGAUUGUGAGGAUGUUAAUGAGGAAUUUUUGAUUAAAGCCAAGGAAGAAUGCAACAAGAUCAAGGAGACUUAUGCUUGUGCAUUGCAUGAAUUGUCAAGGGUCAUUCCAGAAGAAUGUAAAGGAAAAUAUCAUUGUAUUUGGGUUCAAUGGUGUGCCUGUUUCUUGACUGAUAGAGAUUUUGUCAAAUUUUUGGAAUAUUGUUAUGAAUUACUAGUUGAUGGAGGAGUUUUGUGCUUCAAGGAGAAUAUUUCAGGAAAGGGUUUUGUUGUUGAUUCAGAUGAUGGCUCAAUAACUCGUAGUAAUAAUCACUAUUUGUUUUUAUUUUCACAAGUUCAAUCCAAAUUUGAAGUUAUUGAAAAUACCAAACAGAAAAAUUGGGAAAAGGGUUUAUUUGCUCUCAGAAUGUACUGUUUA